AUGUCAAGCGAAUCCAAUUCGACUGACCCUACUCCUAUGGACCAAGAUGGCGCAAGCAUUCCAUCCCAAUCUCGAGCAACUACAAGUAACCGCAAGGAAAGGGAAGGAACAUCUCCGGAAACAUCUGAUACCGAAAGAAGCACCUCUUCAAAGGCAAAGGAUACAAGUCAUGCACAUAGCCGAAAGUCCCAUAAGGACAAAAAGCUCCAGCAUGGACACCAAGAGGGCAAGCAGCAAGACAAGGACCCCAAGAAGGAUGCUCAAGAAAUUGUGGACCACUACCAGGCCAAGCUCGACAAGCUGGUUUCGCAAUACAACAUGGCUCUGAAGAGAGAUGCAUCCCCUGAAACCCUCAAGAAGCUGCACACGGACAUUACCUACACAAGAAAAACAUUGGAGCAAUUCAAGGAGACAUGUGACAAGACCUAUGGAUCAAGCACCAGUAAUGGCAAUACCAUCGCUUCAUCCAACACCCUUGAAUCCAAGACCACUGAUCGCAUGACGGCAAAGGAUGUUCCCCGUUUCCAGUUGACUACUUCAUCUUUCAAGGACCCGAAGCACACCGUGUUUGAAAGCGUGGAGCACUUCCUUUCUCAUUUCAAGAAAAUCGUCGAGGUCAACACCAAUAGCCCUAUUAGUCAACAAUGGGCGAAGUGGCUGCCUAUUGCGUUUCCCUAUCAUCUGGACUACUGGUACGAGAGCAAGUUGGAAGGUCGCAACUAUAGCUGGCACAAGGUCUGCAAGGUGGUACGCAAACGCUUCAAGGCUACUGAUACAGAGUUGGCGAAGGCUACUGAAGUCUAUACAAUGACCAUGAAGUCUGGUGAAUCCAUCUCUGAUUAUGGUGAUCGCUUCCAUAAUGCCGCACGUGAAGGAAACCUGCAAAACGAUCAAGGAUUAGCAAUGCGUUUCCUAGCAUCCUUACCAGACCAUAUCCAAGACAACGUUCGUAUCGUAUGGCAUUCUCGUCACAAGAAGCGCAAGCCUGACAACCUCGAUGAAAUCCUUUCUGUGGCCGACCAGAUCUCUGUCAAGAAGAGGUAUCGUCCUGCUGACGAACAAAGUGAACGAUCUUCACGUCGUGGGAAAUCAUCUUCUUCCAAGGAUACGUAUUGGUGCCCAUAUCACAAACGUCAAGUUGAACAUAAGCCGGAAGACUGCAAAAAGAAGAAGGCUCAAUCGAAGGCACAAGACUCUACUACUGAUCCUUUCAAGCUUGGCAAAUGUGUUCACUGUGGCGAUGACUGGACCAAGGAACAUCGUUGCGAGGAGUAUCGUGAGGCACAUAGGAAGAAAAGGGAGCAACGUGCCCACAAUAAGCGUAUCAACGCUUUGUCUACCUCAAGCCCCAGUAUCACGUCACCUCAAGAAUCAAGUUCCGAUCAUCCAGCUGAUGAAGCUCUACUCGACUUUGAUGAAGACAUGGCUGACUUCGAUCAGCUUGCAACCGGUAAGCAAUUGGGCAAUACCCAAAAACAAUCCAAAUCAGAAACGCUAAUACGUUCACCCAUCCUUAUACAGAAUAAGCGUUGCUUGGCACUCAUGGAUUCAGGCGCAGAGAUUUCUGUUUUGAAUAAAAGAUUAUGUGAUGAAAACAAUUGGUCUAUUAAUCAUGUGGAUGGGAAUAUUUGGUAUGCCGGUAGUGGAGAUGCCCGUCCUAGAAUUGGCACCACAUCACCUUUACAAAUUAGCUACAAUGGUCAUAAACCACUUUUUAGUUUUGAGGUUAUGAACCUCGCACACGAUGAUGUGAUCAUAGGCAAAGACCUAAUGCCACUAAUCGGUGUCGCCCUCACAGGACUAGCCUUUAAAUGGGAUGAUGAUGACUCGACUUCAGAUUCGCCAUCCACUUUGGAUAUGGUUGAACAAAAGCAUAAUGAGCCUAACAAUUCCCCAGCAGGCACACCUAACGAGCGACACGACUUUGAGCGCCAAAUCAAACCCUUCAUGGAAGCCAAUGCACGUAUCCCUAAAGCAUCAUACUGCAAUUUGGAAGAAUCAGUGAUAGAACUCCCUACUCCAGGCGUUCAUUCUUCCUAUCAUCGUCAAUAUCCCAUACCAUUCAGCCUAAGACCUGCUGUCGAUGCUGCUGUAAAGAAAUGGUUGGAAGAUGGUGUCAUUAUUAGAGCACCUGUGAACAAUGCAUGGAACAGCCCUCUCACCUUAGCACCUAAAAAGGAUGCACAGGGCAACAAAACAGGAAUGAGACCAUGUCUUGAUCCACGCCAUAUCAACCGCUACCUACCUGAUGACAAAUAUCCGCUGCCAUUGAUUCGUGACAUCUUCGAGGCUCUAAGUGGAUCAAAAGUCUUCACCACACUUGAUUUGACGAAUGCAUUCCAUCGUUUCAAGAUCAAAGCAGAGGAUCAACAUAAAACGACCUUCACUCACAAUGGCCGUCAAUACAUGUUCCAAGGCUGCCCAUUCGGCCUCAAACCUAUAUCCUCCAAAUUUCAACGUGUCAUGCAUCGCAUCUUUGGGAAUAUGCCAUUCGUACAAACAUUCGUUGACGACAUUGUCAUUCACUCACCAGACAUGCACACACACACGCAACAUGUCAAACAAGCCAUACAAGCGUUGACAGAUGCCAAUCUUAUCCUUAACCCUGCCAAAUGUCACAUGGCACAAACCCAUAUAUACCUUCUUGGCUUUGCUAUCAGUCAUAAGGGCAUCUCCCUCGACAAACGCAAACUUACCAAUGUGCUGGAAUGGCCCAUACCCAAAACUGGCAAAGACAUCCAACGUUUCCUUGGGAUCGUCACCUACUUUCAGGAACACAUACCCAAUGUAGCAGCUAUACGAGCACCCUUGGAUCAACUUCGCAAUCUCGACUCGUUGCAAGAUAUCUGGAACGAUGAACACCUACAAUGCUUUCAUAAGCUUAAACGCGCUUUAGAAGCUGACGUGCUCUUAGAAUAA